AUGAAGUCCUCAACCUUUAUCAGCCUGCUGGCGGGUCCCUUGGCCGCCCAGGCGCACUACAUCUUCAGCAUCGUGUUCGUCAACGGGGUGCAAAAGGGCGGCGACUACACCUACAUCCGCAAGAACAGCAACACGUACAUGCCGUCCUACACCAACGACAUCAUCAACUCGCCCGACCUGCGCUGCAACCAGGGUGCGGUCGCUGGCAGCACCCAGACCCUGACCGUCAAGGCCGGCGACAAGAUCGGCUUCAAGAUCUGGUUCAACGAGAAGAUCGAGCACCCGGGCCCCGGCUUUGUCUACAUGUCCAAGGCCCCGGACUUGGUGAGCAAUUACGACGGCAGUGGCAACUGGUUCAAGGCGGCCGAGAUGGGCCUGUGCGGCGGCCGGGCCAACGAGGACACCGCCUGGUGCACCUGGCAGAAGGACCGCAUCGAGUUCACCAUCCCGCAGCGCACCCCGCCGGGAGAGUACCUGGUCCGCGUCGAGCACCUCGCCAUCCACGAGUCGCACGCCGGCAAGGGCCAGUUCUACAUGGAGUGCGCCCAGUUCAAGGUCGAGGGUUCCGGAGGCGGCACGCCCGGUCCCUUGGUCAAGAUCCCGGGUCUCUACAAGGCCACCGACCCGGGCAUCGCCUACAACAAGUGGACCAACAACCCGGCCAACUACGUCAUGCCUGGUCCGGCCGUUUGGACCGACAACGGCUCCAAUGCUGCUGCCGCGUCUCCCGACUCGUCUGCUUCCAACGAUACCUCCAAGGCCUCUUCCAGCGAGUCUUCCACCGAACCCUCCAGCUCCAGCCAGCCCUCCAGCAAGCCCUCGACCCCUGCUGCUUCCAACGGUAAUGGUGGUGGUGGUGGUGGUGGUGGUGGCGGCGGCAGCGGCGGCAGUGGUGGCGGCAACAGUGGCGGCGGCAGCGGCGGCGGCAGCGGCGGCAGCGGCAACAGCGGCGGCAGUGGCAGCAGCGGCGGCGGCAGCGGCAGUGGCAACAGCGGCGGCGGCAGCGGUGGCGGCGGCGGCGGCGGUAGCGGUGCGGCCCUGUUUGCCCAGUGCGGUGGCCAGGGCUUCAAUGGCCCCACUACCUGUGCCAAGGGUACCUGCAAGGUCAUCAACCAGUGGUACAGCCAGUGCGCCUAG